AUGAAUGAACAAGACUACAUCAACCUCAUGAAUGCCAUCAACUCCAUUAUGGGCCCCGAGCCCGAAGACAACAUUGGCUCCGGAGUCGUAGAGCUAGCGUCCUUCUACAUAGACUUCCCAGAAGCCGAGAUGUCCAUGAACCUCGAGGACAUCACCUGGCCGGCUAAACUGGAAGGUCCAAUCUCGUACGAUUAUCUCAUUGAGAAGUACGAGAUAGCAGUCAAUAAGCUGGAGAAGUAUCGCCGAAAUAUCAACGCAUUGCUCGAUCAUUUGGCCCAGGAAAAUGCUACCUUUUCAACUGAGAGCAAGUCUGCGGUGGAGCUGACAGAGAAGCUUACGAAGGAGAAACAGCACGUCCAAAAACUCAUCUAUGCCAUUUAUGGGGUUCUGCUCAAGGCCAAAGAGGAGGCGGAUGAGGAGGCUAUCAUUGAGUCGAUGAGGAGGAUGUCAUUGAGUAAAGCUACCUAG